UUGAAAAUCUGAGGGCUGAAACGAAAAUAAAAUCAACAGAAGAUCCGAAUACAAAUAAUCAUGUUUUGGAUGCCAGAAGGGAAUCCGCAGCCUGGAGACUUGAUCGAGAUUUUUCAGCCUGAAUGCCAACAUUGGGCCAUCUAUAUAAGCAAUGGAUAUGUGGUCCACUUGGUUCCACAAGGCAACUGUUCAGGAUCUGACAUCCCUAGUCUUCUCUCAUCUGGCACUUCUGGUCUUGGUUCUGUCAUGCAUGACCAUGCGGAGGUGAAGAUGGAACCUCUUUGGAAAGUAGCGGACAAUGGGUACCAAAUCAAUAACAAGUAUGACGCCAAAUACAAACCUCGACAUGUGCGUGAGAUCAUCUUUAAAGCAAAGGCAGCCGUGGGGACAAAGAUGUCCUAUAACUUCUGUGAGCAUUUUGUCACUAAUCUACGUUAUGGCAUCCCUUUCAGUGACCAGGUGAAUCCACAACCUGGAGACUUGAUCGAGAUUUCCCGGACUGCUUGCCAACAUUGGGCCAUCUAUGCAGGCAACGGAUAUGUGGUCCACUUGGUUCCAACAGGCAACCCUUCAGGAUCUGACAUCCCCAGUCUUCUCUCAUCUGGCAUCUCUAUUCUUGGCUCAUAUGGCACUUCUGAUCUUCGUUCUGUCAUGCAUGACCAUGCGGAGGUGAAGAUGGAACCUCUUUGGAAAGUAGUGGAGAAUCGGUACCAAAUCAAUAACAAGUAUGACACCAAAUACAAACCUCGCCCUGUGCGUGAGAUCGUCUCUAAAGCAAAGGCAGCCGUGGGGACAAAGAUGCCCUAUAACGUCCUCAAUAACAACUGUGAGCAUUUUGUCACUAAUCUACGUUAUGGCAAACCUGUCAGUGACCAGGCUGACUCGAAAAAGUUUUCAGUAACUACCGUAUGCGCUGCCAUAUGCACUGCGGCCUUUUACGCCAAUCCCAUAGGCACUGUUGCUGUAGCUGGUAGCGCACUUCUGCUACAUAAUUUCUGGAGAAGAAGACAGCAUGAACAUGAGUGACAUCCACACCAAGAGGCAAACUAGGUCUUUAAGGCAGACACUGAACCAGAGGCUUCUGCAGGCAGAUUCGUAUCCUCGCUCAUUCACCCCACCCCCACAUUCUAUAGCUUUGUCUUGUAAUUGCAGCUUUCUAGCUAAUAGUUCUUUGCAGUGCUGGAAUAAA